AAAUGGCGAACUGUUUACAUCAAAGCCUUUCUGCAAAGACUGAUUUCACAAAUGGAAUUAAUUAGAUAUCUGAAUAGCGUUAUUAUUGAUUCCAAGUGGUGUCGUUUAGUAAUAGGAAAUUGUUGAACGGCGCAGUAGCGACACAGUCAUGAAUCGUCGGGAACUGGAAAAGUAUGAACAAAUUCGCAAUAUCGCUAGCAGGGACUGGUUGAGCGCCUCCAGUGUAUCGCUGACAAAAUUGGACCAAGUCAAGACCUCGGUAUAUAACAUUGGCAGUCAUGUCACUGACGCAAGAACUUUACGACCUAGAGCCCGAAGUGCUAAGGUUUGUCGUAGGAAGAAGAGUUACACCGAGAUGGACACUGAACCACCACUGUCAAAACUUAGCAUACAGACACAUGCAUGGGGUAGCAAUACAUCAAUUCCUGAUCUAAUACGUCAACAAAGUGAACGUCUACAGAGCGGAAAUAGACCUACAAGUGCAACAGUGUCCAGGCGUCCAUGGAGUGCUAAAAAAAUACCGCAAAGUCCCAGCUCACGGAAACCUACAUCAAUAGACAAGGCCAUUCCAUUCAAUGAGUAUGGUCCUCCUAUAGCAAUUCUUGGAGAACGUUACAAUCCCAGAUCACGACCUCCAAGCGGGAGUAUGUCUGUACAACAUCACGAUGUUGAAGCUGUUACCGUGGCAAACACCCAUGAAGAUUUGAAUCAAAUGAGCAAAGAGCACAUUGAGAACACACUGGAGGAAUUUGUUAACAGUCAACCGAAUGCAAAUGCGCACAACUUAGCAAAAUUAUCAGCAGCGUAUGCAGAUGAAGAGACAGUGAGUCUGCCGCCUCCUCCACCGUGUGGAUCGCCAGAUAUUGAGAGAAUGAUAAAUGGUGGCACUAGUAAUGAGGAGACAGAUGAUGCCAGCAAGGGAAAGGACACCGAUAGAGAGGAACUGAGAUUGGAUUUGAAUAUUGGAAAUGAUGAAAAAGAGGAGAGUGAUGAUGAAGACAAAGAUGAUGAUGAUGAUAAGGAGAACAUGAGUUACAAAGAAAUAAAUGUCAAACAAUCACCAAGAACUCUGUUAUUACGCCGUCCAACUCCUGAACCCAUGUUGUUUUCAAUUCCCACUGGUGAGGCUAGUGACGAAGAUGAACUGGACACAGAUAGACUUUUAAAAGGUGGCACUGGUCAUGAUAUCGAAGUUGAAAGUGUUGAUAACUAUAUUUAUGACGAUGAGCCACAGAACAACGACUCAAAGUACACCAGCAUAAUGUUGUCCAGUCGUUCUGUUGAUGAAGCUACAGGAACCCGACCAGUGACAAAGGCAACGGUCAGAAUCGCUGAGGAUAGGAAUAUAACUGUUGAUAUCACCCCAAGAAGCCCACAUAGUCCACGCAGAAAACGAAUGGUUUCGAGGCGACGACCUAGAUCGGCAGUCACAAGUAAUGAAACUGACGUGAUGGCCGAAAGGCAACACGCUGGAGUGAGAACCACCCAUCCAGCGUAUAGAAAGAGACCUGUCUCGGCCAAAGCUAGGUUAGCCACUUCUACGGUAUCAGUGGAUUAUGGGGAUGCUGACGAAAAAAAGGAGGCUAUUCCCGAUGACGACAAAGCGAUGGAGAAUCGAAAAGAAGGAAAGACGUAG